AUUCCCCCCCAAAAGAGAGAAGGCAGAGAAAAACAGCCAUGAAAUCAUCUAUUCUUUUUUCUCUCUUUCUUGUAGUCUCAUUCUUCAGCCGUUCAUAUAGUAGUGAAAGUAGUAACAAAGGAGUAUGGAAGGUCGUGAAGAAAAAUCUCGGCAUUUCAGCCAUGCACAUGGCCCUCUUACCCAACGACAUGAUCAUAGCCUUUGAUCGAACCGAUUUCGGCCCAUCCAACAUCACAUUGCCUCAUGGUAAAUGCCGCCACGAUUCACACGAUCAAGCGCUCACCACCGAUUGCUACGCCCAUUCAAUCGAAUUCGAUCCCAACAACCGCAACGUACGUCCACUCACCGUCCAAACCGACACAUGGUGCUCGUCAGGUGCGUUGGCUCCUGAUGGCACGUUGAUCCAGAGCGGAGGUUUCAACGAUGGAGAUCGUUCGAUAAGGACCUUCUCCCCCUGCAAGGAUUGUGAUUGGUUCGAAAUUCAGAAUGGCCUAACUGUAAGGAGAUGGUACGCAUCGAAUCAGAUUCUUCCAAGUGGCAAGAUCAUAGUCGUCGGCGGUCGGGACCAGUUCAAUUACGAAUUUAUCCCCAAGACUUCGAAAUCAGAUCAGUCAGUUUUUAAGCUUCCAUUUCUGAGAGAAACGAGAGGAUUGUCGGCGGAGAACAAUCUCUACCCGUUUCUUCAUCUAUCACCAGACGGAAAUCUCUUCAUUUUCGCAAACGACCGUGCGAUCUUGCUCGACUACAUAAACCACAAAGUAGUUAGAGAAUUCGAACCAAUUCCCGGCGGAUACUCUAGAAACUACCCCAGCGCAGGCUCUUCAGUUCUCCUUCCAGUUCUGCUCAGUGAUAAGAAUGUGAAAGCUGAGGUUUUAAUCUGUGGCGGCGCGCUACCGGAUUCAAAUUACAAUGCAAAUAGAGGGAUAUUCAUGCCAGCUUCCAACACAUGUGGCCGGUUGAAGAUUACCGACGUGUCGCCCAAAUGGGAAAUGGAGGAAAUGCCGAUGAGACGAGUGAUGAGCGAUAUGAUAAUUCUACCGACCGGAGAUGUACUUAUAAUCAACGGUGCAGAGAAAGGGACCUCUGGGUGGGGUGUGGCGAGAGAUCCUGUACUCACACCAGUCCUUUACCGGACUGAACUAUCUGAGAAUGUGGCUCGUGGGUUCGAGACCUUGAACCCGUCGAAAAUUCCAAGGCUUUAUCACUCUACCGCGCAUUUGCUUCCUGACGGUCGGGUUUUAGUUGGAGGGAGUAAUCCUAAUAGUGGCUACAGCUUCACCAACGUGCUUUACCCGACUGAAUUGAGCCUAGAAACCUUCUCUCCACCUUAUUUGAGUCCGACGAUUCGCCGCCCGAAAAUCACAUUUGUGAAACCUGGGACAAAUCUCACUUAUAAGCAGAGAUUUUCGAUUGAAUUUGAGUCGAAGAAGGGUGACACCAAUGGAAUUUAUGUGACGAUGGUUGCACCGUCAUUUACGACGCAUUCUAACUCCAUGAACCAAAGGUUGUUGGUCUUGGCUGUCGAUCGUAUCCAUCAGGAUUCUAGAUCAUACGCCAUCGACGGGUUAGCUCCGGCGACACCGAACUUGGCACCGCCGGGCCAUUACUUACUGUUUGUGGUGCAUGAUGGGGUCCCAAGUAGGGGUAAGUGGGUUCACAUAAAGUAGUCUAAAGUUAGCAAUGGUUGCAUCUGAGGUUGGUUGGAGCAGUUAAUUUGGCAAUGUGUGUGACUAUUUAGGUUUUUUUUUUUCUUCUAUUGUUGGUGGGAAUGGGUAGAAUGGGCAAUUGUAAUUUAUUUGCUUUGUUU